UAAUUUAGUAAAUGAACAAAUAUUCUUUGUAUUAAUUUACUAAUGUAGGAAUAUAACUUUUAAGUAGUUUCAAAAUUUUUUUAUUAAAUUUAAUUUAAUAACCUUAUUAAAUGUUUCUCUACCAUGGCCUCCUUACAAUAUUUUCAAAAAUUAGGAUGGCAUAUUUCACCAGAAGGUUACAAUUUAAUAACCAAAAAAGAUAGCUUGAAAGAUAUUAAAGAAAUUACUAAAAUCGCCUGUGAUACUGACUUAAAAGAAAUUGGUAGUCCGGUGUUAUCCAAGGAACUGGAAGGGAAUGUUUUAACAGGACCGAUUGUAUUACAAAUACAAAAAAUUCGUAACAUAUCCGCACCAAAAAGUAAUGAAUCUUCAGGAGCUGCACCGCGACUUAUAAAAUUAAUUCUUUCUGACGGGCAUACCACAUGCCAGGCAAUCGAGUUUGGACAAAUUUCAAAUAUAAACUUAACAAAAACACCACCGGGCACAAAAUUACUUAUAAAAAAUGCUCAAGUUCUCGGUUCGUACGUACUAUUAGCUGAUAAAAAUGUAAAUAUUCUUGGAGGCAAUGUCCAAGCGCUUGUUGAACGUUGGCAAUUAUCGAAAUCAAUUACAAAACAUGUACGAGAAGGUUUUGAUGGCCCACCACCAUGGGUUCCAUUUGGUCAAAAAGUUCAGCAGUCUAUUAUAACUGAUCGUAAUUUUAAAUCAUUGGAUACUGGUAAGCCAAAAGAACAGUCUAAAGAUGAAUUUGAUGCUCAGCGAGAGGAAGCAAUCGCUGAAGCUGCACAAGGAGCUGUACGUAAAGUAUUUGGUGGAGGAGCUGCAAAAUCUCUUCCAAAUAAAGAUAAUCAACGAUAUCCGAAUAAUAGAAGACAAUCAAACAAGCCUCAAACUGAAGAACGUAAAAAUAGUGGAGGCAAAAUUGAGAAAAAGAAAGGUAGAGAUAAGGAAACUACAGAAGUUUUAAAACCAACAGGAAAAAUAUCGUUGUUUGCCUUCUUAGAAGAUAAACUACCAACAACCACGACCGAAUUGGAAAAAAUUGAGGAAACCACAGAAAAUAAUCAUCAAUCGAAAUAUUCGAAAGCAACGUAUGCUGAUAAAUAUGAUGCAAGUUUACGACAUCGUGGUAAUGAGAAUCCAAAUAAAUCUUCGCAACAAAAAGGAAAUAAGGGUCGGGAAAAACAAAAUUAUGAUAGUGAAAAGAAUAAUCCUAAAGAUACGAAAAAUUUAGCGUAUGAUCACAGAAAUCCUCAAAGAGUUCAAAAUGAAAAAGCGCCCAGAUUUCAACGUCAACAAAAUCCUCAAAGCAAUAACCAAACGUAUCCAAAUUCAAUUAACAAUCUUAUUAAGAAAACUAAUGAUAUGUCUUUGCAGUCAACAAAUACUGAUAACAAACCACAACAAUUUAAUCGACCGAAUCGUAAUCAGAGUAAUACAGCGUCAGGAGGGGGUCCAAUGAAUGUAAAUAAAUUUAAUACGGUUCCAAAUCGACCGCAUUCAUCGUAUAAUCCUCGCAGCAAUAAUAAUCAAAAUUUUGGUAAUAACUAUUAUAAUGAUAACAACUCAAGGCCGCCAUAUUUUAAACAAAAUGAAUAUGAACAAUUUUAUCAAAAUAAUCAACAACAAUCAAGGCCGAGAAAUACACAAUAUCCUGUAAAUCCUCACAAUUCUGGUUUUGUUAAUCGUGACUCGAAUACUAUGCCAUUUGAAAAACAAAAAAAUCCUGAAAUCAAUACGAAUAUAAACAACACUCAAUCAAAUAAUGCUUUAUGGAAAUGGAAAGUUGGGGAUCAAUGCAUGGCUAAAUAUUGGGAGGAUAACCAAUUUUACAACGCCAGUAUCACUGGUGUAACACCACGAACAUGCAUGGUACGUUUUAAUGAAUAUGGUAAUUUUGAAGAAGUGUUGAAAGCCGAUUGUGUUCCUUUGGUUAAUAAUAGCAAUAAUACUUCAAGUAAUAUGAAUAUAAAUAGACAAUAUACAGGUAGCUUAGUUUUCCGCCGAGGAGGACAUGGAUCUCAACCUAUCAAUCGAGACUACGAUUAAAUUAAAUCAAUUUAUAAUUGGAAAUAAGAAUAAUAUCUUCAUUUUUUUCUUUGUGUUUAUGAAUAGU